AUGAUGAAAAAAGAGGGUUUUGCGUUGUUUGCCGUUGCAGGUAGCGAGAGGUUUCUAUCUCUUGAGCAAGUGCUACGGGGGGAUUUUGUAGGGCACCUGCAGUAUCACGAAGUUCCUCAAGUGGAGACGCUACUGAAUCCAGCCAGAUUUGGCCCUGUUCUUGAGGGCGAUGUCCCUCCUGUCGAGGCGAGGGUCCGCGGAUCAGGUGUGGCUAGUGGUAAAGUCGUCUCCCGUCGUCAGUCUGCUAUUGUGGAUUACGCCCUCGAGGAAGAUGUCGGUGGCAGUUCUAUUAGCCGACAUUUACGUCGGAAACACAACAUUGAUCCUCUAUUUUCUAAGUCCCAUGUUGUUAUUGAGAUUGCUGAUACUGACGAUCCGCAAGCGGUGGAGGCAGCGGAUCUGCGUCGGCCGGGGGAGCUAGGCGUUGUGGGUACUUACUCGGCAUCUCCAUCUAUUCCCGGUGAUGCCCCAUCGGCAACGAGUCCUUCGUCUUUGGGCGCUACUGGUGUGUAUCUCCCUCGGUAG